AUGGAAUCUGAAGUGAACGUAAGCUGUAUUGAUUGUAUGUCCCACGGUCCGAAUCAAAGCAGCCUGGCAGUGCAGACGGCAUCGGCUGGGGUGACGAUAGCGCUAGCCAGCGUGCUGAUCUUCACCAUCGUCGUUGACAUCCUCGGAAACCUUCUUGUCAUUUUAUCAGUGUUUAGGAACAAGAAGCUCAGGAAUGCCGGAAACAUAUUUGUGGUUAGUCUAUCAGUGGCAGACAUGGUAGUGGCAGUGUACCCAUACCCACUGGCCCUCAUGGCCAUCUUUCACAAUGACUGGACUAUGGGGGAUAUGCACUGCCAAGUCAGUGGCUUUAUAAUGGGCCUCAGCGUCAUUGGCUCCAUUUUCAAUAUCACCGCCAUUGCUAUCAACCGCUACUGCUACAUCUGCCACAGCUUGCAGUAUGACCGCCUCUACAGCAUCAAGAACACCUGCUGCUACCUGUGUCUGACUUGGUUCCUCACUGCCCUUGCCACCGUGCCAAACUUUUUUGUGGGCUCCCUGCAGUAUGACCCUCGUAUCUUCUCCUGCACUUUUGCCCAGACCGUCAGCUCCUACUACACCAUCUCAGUUGUGGUUAUCCAUUUCCUGGUACCUCUCUUGGUGGUCUCCUUUUGCUACUUACGAAUUUGGGUCUUGGUCAUCCAGGUAAAACAUCGGGUGAAACCUGACACCAAGCAGAAAAUAAAGCCCAGUGACUUCAGAAACUUCCUGACAAUGUUUGUGGUCUUCGUCUUGUUCGCAGUAUGCUGGGGCCCGCUGAACUUUAUUGGCCUAGCUGUGGCCAUCGACCCCGCACGGGUGGCUCCUAAUAUCCCUGAGUGGCUCUUUGUCACCAGCUACUUCAUGGCCUACUUUAACAGUUGCCUCAACGCUGUCAUCUACGGGCUGCUCAACCAAAACUUUCGUAAGGAAUACAAACGGAUCCUUUUAGCACUGUGCACCCCUCGUAUGCUGUUCAUGGACACCUCGAAAUGUGGGACAGAAGGCCUGAAGAGCAAGCCCUCUCCUGCAGUUACAAACAACAACUUGGCAGAAGUGAACUUAUGA